CCGAACUUCAGUUUUUAUCAACAUUUGUGCGCCAAAACAGCUGAACAGUUUUGUUUACGGAUUGUUGCAUUUUUAUCAAAUGUAAUUAAGAAUAUUUAGGAAAACAGUUGUAAAUCACAAUUAUUUAUUAUGGGUGAAGAGGGUGCCGAGAUAGAGAUUAUUGAAAUAGCCGACGCUAUGAAGUCGCAUGAAAUAACGUUCCAGCAUGCCAUCGAAAUUUCAGCGCUAGUUAAGGAGCGCACAAUCGGACCAGACUUACCAGAUGCACAAGAGGAAAAAGCGAAAAUCACAUCAAGCACACCGAGGAAACCUACAUCACAAAAACAAAAAACAACGCAGAGAAGCGAAAGUAAUGCUAAGCUAAUUAUACCCGUAUUGAAGCCGUCCACAUCAUUUGACUAUGAACUGGUCAGCGCCACGAUGUUUCUGCGCGACGCAGAGGAGAAACGCAAAAAACAAGUGCGUCAACAAAUGCAUGAAAUGCAGGAAAAACAAUUGGCAGUAUUACGUGACAAUGCUUUGCGUCAGCGCGAGCAGCAAAACAAAGUGGUGCAAGAGUUAAUCGCAGAGCGGCAACGCAAUGAUGCACAGCUCAUACAAAAGGCUGAAAAGCAGACAGCACUCGAAUUACAGGAAUGCGAACGCGAAAUGGAUGCCAUGCGCCUGCAUGCCAAACGUCAACUGCAACUUUUCUCAUUUCAAUGUGUCGCAAAGUAUCACAGUGUAUUCCGCAGUAAAUAUGAAGCAGUUGCCAAGGCGCUCAUAACCAUCGAUAAGCAAGCGCUACUGCCAUGUAAUGAUUACAAUCGCCAACUGAAAGAAUUGGUCGAAUUAUUUGAGCAGCUCACAAGUAAAAUAAAAACGGACGAAUGUGGUGCGGGGGAAUUGAAACUUGCGGAUAGUCUAUGCAAUAAAAUGGACGAUUUACACGGUACAAUUAACGACGAUCUGGAUAAUUUGCUGAAGCAGCAAGAACAAGCACAACUAGAAGAGCAGCGUAAAGCAGAGGAGCAAGCCGAAGCUGCCGCAUUGGCGUUGUCGCAAGCAGCUCAAGUACCACCUGUAGCAGCAACACCACCACCCAAUGCAGAACAAGCACAACAAGUAGCAGCUCAAACAGUGGGUGUACAACAAAGUGGUGCUGAGACACAACAAGUAGUGGAAACACAACAAACAAUGCAACCACAACAACAAGCACAGCAAACAGCGCAAUCAGAACAAUUGAGCCGAGCCGCAGUGCCAACUAGCGCGCAGGAGCCAGCAGUAGCAUUGGCAUUCUAUCAGCAGAUCCACAGUUUCUAUCAAGAGAAGGUGGAUAGCGUGAAACCUCUGCAGACCGAUGAGAAUAUGAAAAAGUAUCGGUUCGCCUGCCAGAAAGCAAUUAAUAUACCAUUAAAUGCUAUCUCUGCGGUCAGCUCGCAACAUUUGCAUGAUAAAUUCGAACGCAUAUUUAACUUUCUCAAUGGACAACCGCUCAAAACUGCAGAUGGACAGGUCAGCGCUAACGAUCAUCCACUGGGUCGCAUUUAUUGUUUGCUACUAACAGCGAAACGGUUUGUGAAUCAAGGCGAGACCGCUAUUUCCAGCAAUCCCCAAGCUGCCUUCCCAGUCGCUUCGGUUGUGGUUUCACUAUGGAAACUUAUUCCAGAUUUUGGAAAACUAUUCUUAGCUUAUAUAUUUAAGGAUUCACCAUUUUUAGUGCCCUUUCGAGGCAAAUCGGUGGAAGAGUACAACGAUCUGAAACGUCAAGCGGGUAUAACACGUUUAUAUGCCGCUGUAAUGAUAACCAGUGGACGACGGGCUGAAGGCCCUGAACACCCGUAUGGACUGGAGCAUGCUUGGCGUUGGCUGGUCGACUUUAGCAGCCUUGAACCGCUACCAGACAUUAGCGCCACAUUGAUUUUGGAAAUGCUACAGACAUUAGGCUUUUCUAUGUGCCGCGCUUAUGGCCGGCAAUUUACCAAACUGCUUUUACACAUACAACGCGAUUAUUUCGCAAAACUAGCGCAGGUGGAUGAAGGUGGUCCGCGUACUCGCUUGGAAAUGCUCUUUAUGAAUUAUUUGAAUCAGAAACAGAUUCCAGAGCCACAAGGUACACUACCACCUGCUUUUUGGUAGUGAGACGUCAUUGUUUUUUUUUUUUUUUGAAUAUGUCGUGUACAAUUAUUGUCAUUCGCUUGUAUAUCGGCUUUUGUGCUUGUAAUAUUUAAGUGUUUUGUCUCGAGAGGUUACACAAACAAAUUUCAAAUCAAUUAUGUGGACAUUUGUAAGCAGAAUUACGCAAUUCUAAUAAACACUCGCAUUCCUUGCUAUUAAAAUUACUUGAGUUUGCGCUAAAAGUUUUUAAAUUAAAUGA